CAGGCAGCCUUGACCCCCACCUGCCCUGGCUGCCCUGCUCCCGCCUCCUACUCCCCUCACGCCACCUCGGGAGGAGCCAUGGGGCGCUGGGCCUGGGUCCCCGGCCCCUGGCCCCUGCUCGGACUGACCCUGCUCCUGCUCCUGUUGCUGGCGCCUCUCGGGGCCCAACCGCAGGCCGGCGGGAACCACACGGAGCCCCCAGAACCUAAUGCCACAGUGACCCCUGGGGCCCUCACGAUCACUGUCACCUCGGUGACCCACAUGCCCCCAGCCGUGAGCGCUCCAGAGGCAGAGGGACCCCACGGCGGGGGACUCACCUCUGCACCCGGGGUGGCCCCCUCCAGCAGCAGCAGACCUGGGGGCUCAGCAGCGCUCACGGAGGACGGCCGGCCCUGCAGUUUCCCCUUCCGCUAUGGCGGCCGCAUGCUGCACUCCUGCACUUCGGAGGGAAGCGCCCACAGGAAGUGGUGUGCCACAACUCACAACUAUGACCGGGACAGGGCCUGGGGCUACUGUGUGCAGACCUCCACGCCCCAGCCGGGCCCAGCUGCCCCGGAUCCCUGCGCCUCCAGCCCCUGCCUCAAUGGGGGCUCGUGCACCAACACCCAGGACCCUGCGUCCUACCACUGCACCUGCCCUGUGGCCUUCACCGGCAAGGACUGCAGCCUGGAGAAAUGCUUUGACGAGACCCGCUACGAGUACAUGGAGGUGGGCGACCGCUGGGCCCGUGUGCACCAGGGCCAGGUAGAGCAGUGUGAAUGUGCGCGGGGCCGUGUCCAGUGCGAGGACACACGCCACACAGCUUGCCUGAGCAGCCCAUGCCUGAACGGGGGCACCUGCCACCUGAUCGUGGCCACCGGGACCACCAUAUGUGCCUGUCCCCCAGGCCAUGCUGGGCGGCUGUGCAACAUUGUGCCUGCACAGAGCUGCUUCAUGGGAAAUGGCACCGAGUACAGAGGUGUGGCCAGCACAGCGGCCUCAGGCCUCAGCUGCCUGGCCUGGAACUCCGACCUGCUAUACCAGGAGCUUCAUGUGGACUCGGUGGGCGCUGCGGCCCUGCUCGGCCUGGGUCCUCACGCCUACUGCCGGAACCCGGACAAGGACGAGAAGCCCUGGUGCUACGUGGUGAAGGACCACGCACUCUCCUGGGAGUACUGCCACCUGGUGGCUUGCGGUGCGCAGAGCUGGGAAUCCCGCACCAGAAGCGAGCGCCCACCCACCCAGGUCCUGCUCACCCUGCCUGGACCCGCCCCAGCUGGACGCCAGGCGUGCGGCAGGCGGCACAAGAAGAGGAGCUUCCUCCGGCCUCGCAUCAUCGGCGGCUCGUCCGCGCUGCCCGGCUCCCACCCCUGGCUGGCCGCCAUCUACAUCGGGAACAGCUUCUGUGCUGGCAGCCUUAUCCACACCUGCUGGGUGGUGUCUGCCGCCCACUGCUUCUCCAACAGCCCCUCCCUGCACAGCCCCCCCAGGGAAAGUGUGUCAGUGGUCCUGGGCCAGCACUUCUUCAACCACACGACGGACGUGACACAGGCGUUCGGCAUUGAGAAGUACAUCCCGUACCCCCUGUAUUCAGUGUUCAACCCCAGUGACCAUGACCUUGUCCUGAUCCGGCUGAAGAAGAAAGGAGACCGCUGUGCCCUCCGCUCCCAGUUCGUCCAGCCCAUCUGCCUGCCUGAGCCAAACAGCCCCUUCCCAUCCGGACACAAGUGCCAGAUUGCGGGCUGGGGCCACCAGGACGAGAACAUGAGUGGCUACUCCAGCUCCCUGCGGGAGGCGCUGGUGCCCCUGGUGGCUGACCACAAGUGUAGCAGCCCUGAGGUGUACGGGGCCGACAUCAGCCCCAACAUGCUGUGUGCUGGCUACUUCGACUGCAAGUCCGAUGCCUGCCAGGGGGACUCAGGCGGGCCUCUGGCCUGCGAGAAGAACGGCGUGGCCUACCUGUACGGCAUCAUCAGCUGGGGCGACGGCUGCGGGCGGCUCAACAAGCCCGGCGUCUACACCCGCGUGGCCAACUAUGUGAACUGGAUCAAUGACCGGAUUCGGCCCCCAAAGCGGCCUGUGCCUCCCUCCUGAGACCAUCCUGGGGCACGCUGCCUCCCAGCCAUUCCCUGCCUGCUAGCAAUAAAGAUGUUCCCAGGAACGCGGCCCACCCUGCCUGUCCUGCUGCCCCCAGCCCAGCCUUCCCUCCCAGGCCACAACCCGGGCCGCGUACCCGCUGA